ACCGCCCAUGCCCCUCCCUCUCUGGCUGCCAGCAUCACCCGCUGACCGGCUGGCGAUGCUGUCAUCAACGUUCGGUUGAACGACCCAGAUCGGCCUGUCUGUGUCUCCUUUCUUUUUCUGAACACGGACAAUUAGAGCCACUCGCUGUUGUUUUUCUUUCUAUCUGCUGCACACCAAGCUUGACGGUGUUUAUUGCGUUGGAGAGCUCCAAGGGCACAUCUGACGGCCUCGCGCAGGGAGGGAGUGUGCACACACGGCUAGUGUGAUCGUGGACUCCUGCAAGUGGCACAUCCAGCCUUCAUCGAGACCAGGUCCAGCGCCUGUUUCGACGAUGCCACCUCAUGAGAUGAUAGCGCCAGACAGAUGCCGCUGUGCUGCACUUGCACGGCCGUAGACUCGUCUCCUCCUCUCUCCUUGACAAAACAGCUUUAGCGCCUCUUCGGUUUUUUUAGGUCUGCAUUGCAUACAAUGAUCCCUGCCAGUGCCGCAUCCAUGCUACCGUCUGCAGAAGCUGCCAAACUGUACCAGACCAAUUACGUCCGGAACUCCCGCGUCAUCGGACUCCUGUGGGCCAUCUUCACCAUCCUGUUCGGCAUCGUGAACGUGACCAUCUUCUCGCAGCCCUAUUGGAUCGGCGAUGGCGUGGACACGCCGCAGGCAGGCUACUUCGGCCUGUUUCACUACUGCAUCGGGGACGGCGUCUCCAGAGAGCUGGCUUGCCAGGGCAGCUUCACCGAGUUCGCCGCCAUCCCCUCCAGAGCCUUCAAGGCAGCCUCCUUCUUCAUCGGGAUGUCCAUGAUGCUAGUGGUUACCUGCAUCGGCUGCUUCUCGCUCUUCUUCCUCCUCAGCACCUCCACCGUGUACAAGAUCUGUGGCUGGAUGCAGGCUGCAGCAGGUGUGUGUCUGGUCCUGGGAUGUAUGAUCUACCCCGACGGCUGGGAUAGCGAUGAGGUCCGGCGGAUGUGCGGUGAGCAGACGGACAAAUACAGCCUGGGCGCUUGCUCCAUGCGCUGGGCCUACAUAUUGGCCAUCAUGGGCAUCCUGGACGCCCUCAUUCUCUCCUUCCUGGCCUUUGUCCUUGGGAAUCGACAGGACGGCCUCAUGACGGAGGAGCUGCUGGCAGAGAGCAAGGAGGGAGGCAAUGCUUAAAAAACAUGUGGGCUUCCAUGCUCAGUGUUUCCGCAAAGAACCAUCCCUUCAACAUCAGCUGACAGGAGGAGAAGAAAGGAGAAACCCAACCAGCCCUACAAAAAAAAAAAGAAGAAAUCCCCAGUUUUUGUCAUCUUGUUUGCUUGCAGCCCCUUACAUCAUCUCCAGCACUUAGAGCCCGUCAUAGUGCACAUACUGUGUCUACAGGGCAAACCCUCUUUUGGAUAGGCAGACCAUGGCAGGGGCAUAGACUGUAAUCUAAAUGAGAAGUAUGGCCUGAGUGCUAGUUAGGAUGCAGCAACAUGUACAGCUACGUUGUGAGCACACACAGCAUACAUCUCUGUACAAUCCACACAUGCAUAUAUGCCAGUUUACUAUACUCUAUUCAACUUCCGAUAUGUUAACUCUGCGUGUUCCACUGUGUCUCAGUUUAUUCACACAAGCUCAGAAUUGUUGUACAGUAAAUCUGUUGUGUUCAUAACUAUGUAAGGCUGGAGGACUAUGACAUAGAGAUGUCUUCUUUUCACCAUUUGUAUGUCCCUCUCUGUUCACAUUUCAAAUAUAUCUAGAUGUAAGGAUGUACAUAAAAUAUAUGAAGAUGCUUCUAGGACAGGGGUGUCCACAUUUUUUCCACCGAGAGCCACAUGCUGAAAAAUGAAAGGAUGGAAAGGCCAGAGAACAUUUCAGUGUAUUAUUAGUGUCAACUUUUUUUUUUUUUUUACAUUUUCCAAAUAUUUCAACUUUCUUCUUAAAUAAUCAUUAUAAUUUUUUUCUCCUAAUAUUAUGUCUUUAUAUAUAUAUAUAUAUAUAUAUUGUAUGUUUUUAUUUAUUUAUUAUGUCUCAUAUUUUGGCUUUAUUCCCUUAUCAUUACUUUUUUUUCUUAUAUUACAAUUCUUUUAAAAAGCGUAUUUUAUCUUUUUUUUUUCUACUAACUUUUCUUAUUACAAUAAGACUUUUUUUCUCUUCAAAUUUGUACUUUAUUCUCAUAAAAUUACAGCUGUUUUUUUUAUUUAUUUCUGCUUGGGUUUUCUAAUUUUCGUAAUUAUGAUUUUAUAUAUUUAGACUUUAUUCUCGUAUAUUUACAGCUACGAAGCUGCACAGUAAAAUAUCAUUUUCCUUUAAUAUUUCAUCUUUAUGCUACGAAAAUUAUUUUUCCUUAUAACUUUACAAAUUUAUUCCUGCAAAAUUACAACCUUUUCUUGUUAGAGUACAACCUUUUUGUUCGGAAUGGCGUAAGCCGGUGAUUGGACCCCAGUGGUGUAUAUAAAAGGUUUAAUACACAGGGCUCACUCCAACGGAGUGGAAGAACAUGUACAAAAAUAAAGUACAAAAUAAGUGAAGCCACCCUAAACUAGAGAACAAAAGGCGCUGAUGGAAAAUUAGUAGCGAAGUUUAAAAUGCAAAACAACUCACCAAGAAUGCAAGAACAACAAAAGGAGAUGCUGGAGUAAGCCAAGCAGAAUAAAGUACCCACACACAGAAUGCUUGUAGCGCAAAUGUCCAGAAAGCUAGCUAUACACACGGAAGCACAACACGAAGCAAAGGUAACAACCUGGUAACAGGUGAGUCUCCCGUCGUGGCCUGAUUGAUUGCACUCAGGUGUGCGCAGGUGACUCCGCCCCGUCAGGACCAGCAGUGCACUGCAACUGCAGCAGAACAUGACAUCUUUUUGCUUUUGUUUCUUGUUAAAUUGUAUUUUCAGAAUGUGCUGCGGGCCACCCUUUGGACACCCCUGUUGUAACGACUCCAAGUUGAAAGUCAGUCUAACUUUGCACAUGGCUUCAGUUUGGUCUUUUCUAGUAUCGACACGGUGACGGGGGUAUCGGAGGGCUGCCUGUUGCAAGACUAUAGCUGCUGUGUGAAUGUGCCACACGGUCUGCGUGCAGUAGCUUGCUUGUGAUGCAAAAUGUCACCGGCACACACACAAUUGUCCUGCUGUGUAUCUUACAUGUGUCUUCUUGUGUUUCUCUUUGACUUCCCUUCUGAGCUAAAUCGUGAGUGCAUACAGGGUAACAGGAUUUAGUGUCAUCUAAUAUGUCGAGAUGAAAUGGACUUAGCUUCACCUGUUUUGUGUAAAUAGAUAUAUACUGUAGAUGAUAGUAGUAUAGUAUAGUAUUGUAUAUAUAUAUACAAUUAGCAUAUAUGGAAAAGAGGACUUAUCUUACAACAAAUUUAAGAAAUUCCUUUAAGAGUAUAUCAACACUUAAUAAAGGUUUUCACUCUA